AUGAUGUCAGUCCUAUUGUCAGAUGACAACCCUUUCCAGACCUUAAUUGCGGAGGCAAACAACAAUUCGGCAACACUACAAUCUCGAUACGAGAACCACCGAGUGGCUCGCAAUAGCCAGCAAAGUGCAAAGAUCCUAGCCGACAGCUUUCCUGGCUGGUCUCUUGACGAGAUUCUGAAGCGACUUGAUGGCCCUGGAAAGGAAGACGGAUUUGUCGAUCCUCGAAACUGUCUUGUCAUCUGGGCUAGACCUUCGCCUCAAGUUCGCGACCUGAUAUGCUUCAUUCAAAAUGAACUGAAGAGCAUUUCUCCUUCACUCUGGCUCAUGCCUCCUGAGAACCUUCACAUAACUGUCUUAGAAGUCGCUCAUUCUCUGACGGAAGAGCAAAUUGAAGGACUUGUCCAGACCCUCCUGUCAUCCAAAGAUGUCACAUCUGCUGAUAUUGCAGCAUACCCAUGCAGCCACUCUACACGUCUUAUCAAGCCUAUGGUAAGCUUUGAUUCCACCGCACUGGCGCUCAGCUUUGUUCCGGCUGCUGGUGAGUGCCUAGAAGUGGAAUCUAAUAGCGAUAACGAGCACUACACAUACCAUCAUCUUCGCCGAGAUGUCUUUGACAUGGUCCGACAAACCAAGGUCCCUGUUGCUUCGCGUUAUAUCGUUCCCUCGGCACAUCUCACUAUCGCAAGGUUCAUAUCCCAGGACGGGUUUGUGGUCAAGGGAUCAGAUGGCACAGAAACGGUCGAUCAUUUGCGUGUUAAGCUGUUGGUUGAUAAAAUUGGUGAGAUUAACCAGAAGUUGGAAAAUGAGUAUUGGCCCAAAGAAGGUGCCACCAGGGAGGGUGGUGAAUGGAUUGUUGGGCAAGAGGGUCUAGUCAUUCGGAGAGGUCGCCUCUGGUAUGGAGGUGGCGAGUAUGUGCCGCUUGGCUAG